UACAAAAGGAAAAAAAAACAAAAAACACAAGAGGAUGAUGAUGUCCGAGUCGGCGGUAGAGCAGAUGCGCAGAAAGAAAAAGAAGAGGAGAAGGGUUGAGUCUCCAUCAUCAAGUGGGUUAAUGUCUUUGCCAUAUGACAUGGUUCUAAACAGCUUGGCACGCGUGUCUAGAUCUGACUACGGGGCUUUAUCCGUGGUCUCAAAGAGCAUCCGCUCGCUAGGGGCUUCGCCGGAGAUGUACGAGACCCGAUCUCGAAUGGGUUUGAGGGAGGAGUGCAUCUACGUAUGCUUGGGAACUAGUUUUGGCACAAUUACAAAGCCUCUGGGAUGGUUCAUCCUCAGAAAAGGAGUACAAGGGAAUAACCGGCUGAUCCCGAUCCCGAUCCCUUCGUUCCCAUCUCCUCGCAGAGCUACCUAUGUCUCCAUGGGAUGUGGGAUCUAUGUAAUUGGAGGAAGGAUAGAAGCCGUGACGACAUCGCGUGUCUCCUUCCUGGAUUGUCGGACUCACACGUGGAGCGAGCUCCCCUCCAUGAGGUUUGCUCGCUGUGAAGCCAACGCAGGGGUUUUAGAUGGAAAGAUAUACGUCAUGGGAGGCUGCGAUGAUCCAUUCUCCCGCGACAAUCCAGAGGUUUUCGAUCCAAAGACACAAACUUGGAGCAGUGUGUGUAUACCUGAUCCGGUGAUGAACAAGGAGGUUUGCAAGGUGGUUGGGCCGGAUAAUAAUAAUAUUUCGCUCAAAUUUUGGAGUGAAAAAGGUUUGUGGAAUGAUUUCUUUUUAAACCCAAGAGAGGAGGAUUGUUGUUGUGCAAUAGACAGAUUGUUAUUUAGUUGUGAUUUUGACGGGAGAAUCAAGUGGUGUGACCCUUUGAGUGGGGUGAGGAAAGGGAGCAUGGAGUGGUACACGGUGAAUGGUUUGGAAGAUCUUCUAGGGUUUCUCAAGUUUGACCGUACCAACAUAAAAACAAUCCUUUUCACUGGGGAGAAGGCGGAUGUGUGGAAUUGCCAUAUGCUCAAGCGUGGUUACACAGACGGCCUCCUAGGCUUAGUUCCGGGCUUCAAAAUCAGCAAAUUCGCUGGCAACAUUGUCAUCUUCUGGAGCGUGCUAGUCGGGGACAAGUUGCAGCUUUGGUGUGCUGAGAUUUCACUUGAGAGGCGGCUGCGCCAGGAUGAUGGCCAGAUUUGGGGGAUCAUCCAGUGCAUUGAUCAUGUCUUCACUAUGGACCCUGACCUCUGUGUUUUGUCUUCUGUUAACGUGGGUAGAUGCUUUGAUAAUUGCAAACAGAGAAUCAAAGACUUAAUUUGUAUCAAGGCCUGUGGAUAGAUAAUAGAUGAUGAUGGUGGACUUUGCUAAAGAGCUAUGGAUUGCUCAGAAGCUGUUUUGCUAUUCAAAGACACAUGAUCACUCUGUAUUGUCUAUGAUGGGUUCACUAGGAAUCUCUUCCCUUAGUGAGAUCAAUGUUUUUAACCGAUUAAACAGUUGGAUGACCUAUAUGUAAUCAAAUUUGAUUUAAAUUGUAAUAAUUUCAUAAUUUGUACUCUUA